AUCUUCUCUUAACGUCUCGCACCAAUAUUAUUUUUCUUCCCCAAAAUUUGCAUUGAAUUCUCAAAACCCCUAAAAAAUGGCCCUAAAAUUCAACUGUAUCUUCGCCGGAGUGGUGAUCGCUUCUUUAUUCCUCCACACUUCCGCCGCGUUAGGCGGCGGAAAAGGCGGUUUACUAGGCGGUUGGAGUCCUAUAACCGAUACAAAUGACCGUCAAGUAGUGGAGAUAGGAAAAUUUGCAGUAGAUGAGCACAACAAAGAGGCAGAAUCAAAGUUACUGUUUAAAAGAGUGGUGAAAGGAGAAACACAAGUCGUUGCAGGCACAAAUUAUCGGUUGGUUAUUUCCGCUAAAGACGGCAGUCAUAGCGAUAAGUACUUGGCGACAGUUUGGGAUAAGCCAUGGGAGAAUUAUAGGAAUCUUACUUCCUUCAAAAAAUUAUAAAGCAGCGUUGUUAAUUAGUAGAAUUUUUAUGGUUGUGUUGUGUUCCUAUUACUUACUUUUUUGUUGUUCUGUUUAUGUAUUUUCUUUCUUUUCCCAACAUUUGUAAUAAAAAAGCUGGAAUUAACGUCGGA